AUGGACUCCCAGCAGAGCGACGACUACGGCACGCAACAGCAGCCAGAUUCUCCACGAGCCUCACGACGACCUUACCACCGACAUCACUCAACCGCCGAACCUAGCGAACUUUCUCCGCUGUUAAAUACCUCUAGAUCCCGCAUCCGUAUAGAUAAUGGCGGCCGAUCCCCGAGACCUAUUGGUCGCCUGUCUCGCCACCAGAGCCAAACGGGUAGUCUUCGCGGUACGAGACACCACAGUCGGCAGCCUUCGUGGGGUCAGCGCCUUGUUUCCGCACUCGGGGAAGGCCGAAGCAGUCUGGCAGAAUCCAAAAGCUCAAUAUUCCCAGAGGAGCGCGUUUGGUACGACCAAUUUACCAGUACCGACUGGGUGCACGAUACCAUCGCCGAUUCGCAUCGGGUCAAGGCUCUCCGUGCUCGAAAAGAUGUGCGAGGCCGAAUAUUAAACGCUUUAGAUGGUGCACAAGGAUGGUUUCUCAGUGCCCUGUGUGGUGUCAUCAUCGCAUUGAUUGCAUACGCUGUCGAUGUCACGGAAUCUACAGUCUUUGACUUCAAAGAUGGUUUCUGUGCUAGAGCUUGGUACUUGGAUGAGAAGAAAUGCUGCCCUAAAGGUGCCUGUGAAGACUGGAAAAGCUGGUCGCAAGCAUUUCGAAUCCACUCACUUGCAGCACAUUGGACCGACUAUCUCGUCUAUUUGUUCCUAGUCAUCGCGCUCGCUACCUUUUCAUGCUGGAUUGCGCUUUGGACCAGAACAGUUGUCGCCUCAUCUUAUCAGCUCACUACUUUGGACGAAAACCUGGCAGCAGAGCAGCUGCCGCAACCAGCAACUGACCUCGGAACCGACGAUAGCUCUAGUCCAGCUCCCGAAGAGGAUGUACCGGAAGCAAACCCGCCAAUGAUAUACUAUGCCGCUGCAGGAAGCGGUGUUGCUGAGGUCCGAGUCAUCCUAAGUGGUUUUGUCCUACACGGUUUCCUUGGCCUCAAGACGCUCGUCAUCAAGAUGGUCGCGUUGGUAUUCUCAGUUGCCUCCGGCCUGAGUCUUGGCAAAGAGGGUCCCUACGUGCACAUGGCUGCCUGUGUUGGAAAUAUCGCUUGCCGCCUAUUUUCGAAGUACGAUCGUAACGAUGCCAAGAGACGCGAGGUUCUAUCUGCAGCUGCCGCAGCUGGUGUAGCCGUUGCCUUUGGUGCUCCUCUUGGAGGGGUGUUGUUUGGUCUAGAGGAAGUGUCGUACUUCUUCCCAGCGAAAACCCUCUUCAGAACAUUCUUCUGUUGCAUUGUCGCCGCACUGUCCCUCAAAUUCUUGAAUCCUUAUGGAACACACAAGAUUGUUAUGUUUCAAGUUCGAUACCUAGUUGACUGGGAAUUCUUUGAACUGGGCAGCUUUUUCUUGGUGGGAAUUCUUGGCGGUGCACUUGGUGCGCUAUUCAUCAAAGCGUCCAAAUAUUGGGCACACACCUUCCGGCGUCUCCAGGUGAUCAAAAGAUACCCCAUGUUUGAAGUUUUUCUCGUUGCAUUGAUGACAGGUUUGUUGAGCUAUUGGAAUGCAUUGACGAAACUGCCAGUGGCAAAGCUGCUCCUCAACCUCGCGUCUCCUUGCGAUGACUCGACUGAUGCGAAUCGUGACGAGUUAGGCUUGUGUCCCAACUCUGUCGACGACAUUCCAGGAAUUCUCAAGACUCUUGUAGUUGCGUUUCUCAUCAAGGGAUUCCUGACCGUCAUUACCUUUGGAAUCAAGGUUCCUGCGGGCAUAUACAUUCCAUCCAUGGUUGUUGGUGGUCUCAUGGGCCGCAUGGUAGGUCACCUGGUUCAGUGGCUUGUUCUGGCGGCUCCCGACUGGAGAAUCUGGGGGAACUGCGCCACCGAGGCCGACGGUACCUGCAUUCAACCCGGUGUCUAUGGGCUGAUUGCGGCUGGGGCAACAAUGUGUGGUGUCACACGCCUGUCUGUCACACUGGCCGUCAUUCUGUUUGAAUUGACGGGCAGUCUGGACUAUGUUUUGCCAUUCUCGUUAACCAUUCUGGUGGCGAAAUGGACAGCAGAUGCAAUAGAGCCCAACAGCAUCUAUGACCUACUAACUUCGAUGAACGCCUACCCAUUCUUAGAUAAUAAGCACAAGCCUGUCUUUACAGGCGACCUGGCUGAUAUCAUCACACGCUUUCGGCGGGAGAGAGUUAUUGACAUUACCAACUCCCCACUUGUGGCGGCGACCAAGCUCAGGUCAAAGUUGGAAAUUUUGCAUCGUGCUGGGGAACUUGAUGGCGGGCUACCAAUCUUACGACAUGAUAUUCUGGUGGGACUGAUUCCAGCGCCGGAUCUGGAGUUUGCACUUGAUCAACUUGAGGAAGAGGCGACUAGCUUGUGUCUUAUGGACCGAGUCCCUAGCAUGGACGAGGACGAGGACGACACUGUGGAUCCUACUGACUUCACGCCAUACAUUGACCCUGCCCCGGUGGCACUUGAUUUGCGGUCUCCGACAGAUCUUGUUUACGAGUGUUUUGUAAAGCUUGGUCUACGAUACAUUUGUGCGACCAAGGAUGGACGAUAUGCAGGCAUGAUUCACAAAAAAACAUUUGUGAAGCACAUGCGUGAGAAAGAGGAGGAACAGAGCUAG